GAAUAGAUGCCAGUGAUGCUGGAGAUGGGGGGUUUCUAGCGAGCACCGUAGGAGAUGCUGGGGGGGGACACACGUUAUCAGUGAUGGAUCAGAGAGUGGAGACUAUUGAUCAAUUGGUAUCUUUCCGGCAUAUCCAGGUCCACUUACAAGGAGGGGCUCCUUGGGGGUUCACUUUGAAAGGGGGUCUGGAGCAUGGGGAACCGCUCAUCGUAUCGAAGAUUGAGGACGGAGGGAAGGCUGCCUUGUCAAAGAAGCUGGGCGUCGGUGACGAGCUGGUGAGCAUCAACGGUUCUGCACUCUAUGGCUCGAGACAGGAAGCCCUCGUUCUCAUCAAGGGAUCCUACAGGAUUCUCAAGAUGGUGGUCCGCAGGAGGAAUGUUCCAGUGAUCAGGCCUCGCUCAUGGCACCUGGCCAAGCUCUCUGAACAGCAGCCUGACAGCCCUGCCAUGCAGUUUCACCCGGGCUCCUUCAGCUUGUCCUGGCACUCAGGUUGUGAAUCUAGUGAUCUUUCAAUGCAGUGGAACCAGCUUUCUCGACAUUGCAGUACGGACCGAAGCAGCUCCAUUGGUAGUAUGGAAAGCCUGGACCCGCCCAGCCAGGGCUACUACGAGGGCCAGCUUUCUCCAGUCGACCAGUCCAUCUUCCACGACAAGAGGGACUCUGCCUACAGCUCCUUUUCUGCCAGCUCCAACACCUCAGACUACGCUGUCUCUCUGAAGCCUGAUGAGUCCAGCUCCAUGGACAACCUGCAUGGGCUGGGGCCUUGCAGGUAUGCUGAAGGGAGGUGCGUUCAUGGUGUCGUUGAGUCUGGUGGACUAUUGGAAGAAAGUAAGCCCUGUUGCAUAGGCCAGCACUCGGAGGUAAAGGGGCAUCCGUCGUCUUACAGUUAUGGUGAAGACAGCAAAAGCAGUGCUUCAAAAGGUCCUCCUCAGCCUCCUGUCCGCCGGGAGAGUUUCAAAGCCACCAGAACUGGUCCUGGUUGUGCGGAUAAGCGUAGAGCCUCUGAUCCUGUGCACAUGUUGAAUCAGCCUGGUAAUUGGACCUCCAGUACCCUGCUGUCCAAUGGCAAGAACUCCAACAAGCCAAACUGCAAUCCGGGCUGUUCAACAGAUGCUAGAAAUCUCCAACAAAAUGGUGCUGUUGACCAGUACUACAUGCUGAGCUCACAACUGGAGCAGUGUAAGAGCUGCAGCCCUGAGACUGUUCCAAAUGAAGGUUACCUUAAUCAGCAUAGCACAGACGCCUCAAGGCAAAAGAACUAUAGCCCCUGUGUGCCAGAAGAGUUUGGGUGCCUUGGUGGAAAGAGUGAAGCUCUGGGAAAGGAGCUGUCCUCAGAUGGUCCUCUUGAGUCUGCGUGUCUUAAGAAAGAGCAUUUGAUGGGACAUCAUGGGCACAGACAUAGUGCACCUGAAAAGCUCUUUUCAUCACAGUUGCCAUCUCUUGACCUCUCAAGUUGUCAAGACGGUGCUUUAGACAAGCCAGCUCCUCAUGAUCCAUAUGUGUGGAAAGGGUCCCCUUUGCAUCCCCAAGAAGAAGAGAACCUGACAAGUAAAGAAUUUCCUCACCCUGUAACCAAAGGCUAUAAUGUCGAGUGGGCAGAAAGCCAGUGCUCCACACCUGGAUCAGUCACAGCUUCAGAAAUUGUCAAGCCCAAAGUAGAAGCUAACACCAUAGAUGGUCAUUCGGAUGUUGGAAGCUGCAACAAUCAAACCUGGGGAAGGUGUUUUAGUGUUCCUGGUGAGAUGCCAAAGCCUGGGCCAGAAACCCUUGACCUCAAAAACAUAGGCUUGACUUCAGCUUCCAGUGUAGACACUCUACUGGGGGAAGACAGAAUAUAUGAGAAAAGCAAGCCUGAGGUCGCCGCUAAGCCUGCAGCUUCUCGGCAGCACAGGUCUUCCAAAGCCAGGCGUAGAAGUGAACGGUUUGCCACCAACUUGCGCAACGAGAUCCAGCGAAAGAAGGCACAACUUCAGAAAAGCAGAGGCUCCUCGACCCUUCUGUAUGGAGAAGAAACAGUGGAGGAGGUGAAUGAGCAACCGGAAUAUGAUUCACCUUGUAGUGACAGCUCACCCUCUUCACAAGGGAGUGAGUCAAAAUUAAAUAAAACCACCAGCCCUACUGAGGUGCACAUUAGCCAACCUGAUGCCAGAAGCCAAGAGGCUAUUUUCCAUGAGACCAGAAGUUCUCAUUGGCAUCCGAAAGUACAUCAGAAUACCAGCUGCAGAAGACCUCCGCAGCAGAAAGGUCCACAGAAUACUAGCUGCAGAAGUCCUUCUCCACAGCAGACAGAUCCACAGAAUGCCAGAUGCAGAAGUCCUUCUCCACAGCAGACAGGUCCACAGAAUAUCAGCUGCAGAAGUCCUUCUCCACAGCAGAAAGGUCCACAGACUAUCAGCUGCAGAAGUCCUUCUCCACAGCAGACAGGUCCACAGAAUAUCAGCUGCAGAAGUCCUUCUCCACAGCAGAAAGGUCCACAGACUAUCAGCUGCAGAAGUCCUUCUCCACAUCAGACAGGUCCACAGAAUAUCAGAUGCAGAAGUCCUCCCCUACAGCAGACAGGUCCACAGAAUAUCAGAUGCAGAAGUCCUCCCCUACAGCAGACAGGUCCACAGAACUUUGGCAGCAGGUUUAGAGAAAUCGCACAUCAUACUCCUUCCCCAGAAAUUUCAGAGAAAAAAGAAGACCAGACCCACAGUAAAGGUGGAAGAUGGAAGUGGACACCUGAGCACAAGCUACAACCUCAGGUGAAGCCAGAGAAGGAAAACCACAGCAGGAUGACCUCAGACGUGGUGAGACCUUCCAAGCCAGCUCCAGCCUUAGCUUCCAAAGAGAGCGAUAUCCUGCCCUUUGCAGACAGAAGGAAGUUCUUUGAAGAGACAAGCAAGAGUCUUUCUUCAUCUCAUCUACCAAACCUUCCAGUCAGGCACAAUAAGUCUGAUCUCAGUGAGAAAUACCUGGAAAAACCUAACUGCAAUCCUAACCACUCAUAUUGUCCAGGAGAAAGGAGAUACUCCCCAGGACCUACUCCCCAAACCUACUACAGCCCUGAAGUAUUAAGUGCCUAUCAUCCCACAGAGCUCAGACCCGUGGAACAGCAUAGAUGCUGCAACCAAGAUAAGGAUGAAGCAGAUCUGAACCACAGCUGCUGUUACAGGAUGAGAACUUCUGAGACUGUGGCACACAAACCCAUGGCCUAUUUUGUAAGUGAAGACUGCAGGACAUUGCCCCACAGACAUAGGCAGUAUUGUGAACACUAUUUACACACUAGAAACUCUGAUUUUUAUUCCACGCCUGUUGCAGUUUAUGAGGAAUGUGCCUCCCAUCAUGUCUGCAAUCCGGAAAGGAAGCCUUUGUUUGAGACAUUUCCUGUGGAAGAACAGGAGCAAACAAAAAUCAACAGGAAAGUGAGUCUGACAGAGAGUGUUUUCGGAGACUUCCAGUGCUGCAGGAAGAGUUGCCAGUUGGGAGAUGCUACUCAACAGCCUGAGAGUAGAUGGGUUCACCACCGGGCCGCAUCAUCUUAUGACCUUUCCCAAGACCAGGAAAGCACCAGCUGGACCACCACUCCCCUGGAAGGACACUCGGAAGGCUUUGUCAAGUUCCCCCAAAGAGGAAGGGCCUUGUCCGAGAGUAACAUCCAGGUGGACCUGCAGCGGCUGCAAUGGCUGCAAAGGAGGGAGUUUGGAGGGCCAGCGGCACUGUGCGAGCUGGAGGAGCCGAGGCCUAGGGAGGAGGAGGCUGGCAAGAAGAAGGGGCCGCCACCUCCCAGGCCGCCACCCCCAAACUGGGAGAAAUACAAGCACAGGAGAGCAUCCCAUAGUGCACUCUGCAGCCUGCCGACCUCCCAGCGUGCACCGCCACUCAGGUAUAACAGCAGCCCCUCGGAUCCCUCUCCUCCGCCCUGCAGCCUUGAGACAUCCAGACAGCGCUCGAGAAGCCUUCCUCUGAGAGAGCCGCUAGAGAACUACCUGAGGUGCUUCCACGAGCCACAUGGGCUGCUUCUGGCCAAUCACAGGUCUGCCCUUGUGCCCAAAACCUGCAACCCCCUCUGCUGCGCAGGCAGGCAAGACAGCAUCUGUGAGCUUCAUGGUGACCCCGUGCCACCCAGGAUUCCAGACGCACUCGCUGUGUCAGCGGCGGCUGGCUUGCAGUCAAGGAGAGCAGAAACAUCAAUGGACAAAGAAGCAAUGGGGGUGCCCAUGAAAACACAUCAGGUUGUCAUGGGCCAUGAAAAGAGGGCUCUCUACGGUAACCUGCUCUGCUUCAGCAUCAAGCCUGAGAAGGGCUUUGAAGGACUGGCUGAGUCCUAUUUUGCCAUGAACUACGAACAAAACGGAGACGUCUAUAGGAGACCAGAGGAGUUUAAAAAGGCAGCUCCAACAACUACUCGAUGCAUUCUCAUUCAACCUAAAGAAAAUAUUUUAGAAACUAACAUAGACGAAUAUAGACGUGAAGAUGCCAUAAGUGAAGGUCUCCCGGCCUGCUAUCAAAGCACUCGGGAGACUCCAACACACCUUGGUGUGAGUGUUCUAGAAACUGAUAUUGACACCAUUCCUGAGGAGGGGGAAGAGCCUCCUCAGGUGGAAGUGGUGAAGGCAGCUCUGGUCAACCUGACUCCAGAUGAGCUCCUCAGGGACAUUGUGAGCACAGACAGCUCCCUCGCAGGCAUCUUGGACCCCUGCUCCAGACUGACAGCCGCAGACCUCAUGGAGGAGAUCUUCCCCAGAAGCGAGGAGAAUAGGCCGGCUGAAAAGAGGAGGAACAAUCGAAACGUCCUGCAACUGAACGUGGACAUUCAGCCAGAGAGGUGCUCCCCGCUGGCCCACUCCAUGACCUCUGGCCCCUCAGUGAGCCCUACCUCCUGCUCCUCCUACUACAGCACCUCCGCGGGCAAGGCAGAGCUGCUCAACAGGAUGAAGGAGCUGCCAGGCAUGGAGGAGGAGGAAGAGGAUGAUGAGCUCGCCAUUAAGAAGCAACAGCUGAUUGACAGUUUGAGCAGGAAGCUGUCGGUGCUCCGCGAAGCCCAGCAGAGCCUCCUGGAGGACAUUGGUGCAAACUGCACCCUGGGAGAGGAGGUGGAGAGCCUGGUCCAAACCGUCUGCAAGCCCAACGAGCUGGACAAGUUCCGCAUGUUCAUUGGAGACCUGGAGAAGGUGGUGAGCCUGCUGCUGUCCCUGUCCGGACGCCUGGCUAGGGUGGAGAACGCUCUGAGUGGCCUAAGUCUCGAGGCCAGCCAUGAUGAGAGGCUGGCCCUGACUGAAAAGAAGCAGCAGCUGUCGGGGCAGCUCGGGGAGGCUCGGGAGCUGAAGGAGCACGUGGACAGGCGGGAGCGCGUGGUGCUGGAGGUGCUGUCCCGAUACCUCACUGAGGAGCAGCUCCAGGACUACCGGCACUUUGUCAAGAUGAAGUCAGCGCUCAUCAUCGAGCAGCGACAGCUGGAGGAAAAGAUCCGGCUGGGGGAGGAGCAGCUGCGGUGCCUGUGUGAGAGCCUGGGCACAGGCCUUGCACAGUGCUGAACAAACUACCAGGAGCAUAGGCGUGGGCCUCGCAUACUGCUGAACAAACUAUCAAGAACCUGGGCAUGGGCCUUGCACACUGCUGAACAAACUGCUAUGAGCCUGGCUAUGCUGGUCUAGAAUGAAGGAACCUGGUGGUGUGACAGGUGCUAAAAUAUUAGUUCAUCAUCAACACAGUAAUCUGAAUUAGCAGAUCAUCUCCAAUGGGACUCAACAUUUGUGACUGCUGAUUCAAAGUGCCAUUUACCUGUACUGCGAAUACAGAGUCAGUACAGCUUACUCCAGGUGACUGUUGAUACAGGUUUUACUAUGCUGCAGCAGAAUUUUAGUUUUUUUUUUUUUUUUUUUAAUGCAGUGCAGUGCAGUGACCAGUAUUAUAGAAGUUCUGCAGUACUUCUGAAAAUAAUUAACGAUUUUGUGCAGAAACAAUCAAAACUCUGAUUGCUUUGAAUAAACGUUUUUAGCCCUGUUGCGUGUCAUCAGAUACCUGGAGAAUCAGACAGUAAAGGUUGUUGUUUGUUCCAAUGCAUUAAAGAAGUCGCCUGCAUACUGAGACUUGAAAAACAAUGUAUUCAUAGGAAUCAUGUUAGAGUGUAGAGCUUAUUCGUCAUCGUACACAUAAAUAAAAUAUCUUUCCAGCAACAUAUCAAUUUAUGUGUAAAUCCUAGUGAACUAGUAGACUUGAGUAGGAUUUGUAAGGCUUCUGACAGUUGCGAAAAUCCGAAAUCAUGCAAAAAGUACCCUUUUUUUAAUGCCAAAGAAAUAUCUCUAAAACAAAUUCUUAUUGUCUUGCAAAGGCGACUUAAUAUUUCAUUUUAUUUUUAGGCAAUCAGCAAUGACAAACCAAGCAGUAUCGUGCUUCUGACGUCAUUGGAGAGCCAGAGCAGACAGUUACAGUACUGGACCUUUUCUAAGCAAUGGUAAAGCAUUUGCAAAUUAUUAGUCUUUCUUAUUAUAUAUAUUUAUAUCCUGAAAAUAGUGCCUUGUUCAUGCCAAACAAAACUGAGAAUGGAAAACUGGAAAUUCUAAUGAAAUAUGUACUGCAGGAGAUUGUUAGGUACAUUUUGUAAAAAAAAAAAAAUCAUUCUGUUUAAUUAAUUUGUGGUUUGCUGCAAUUCAGUUUUAUCUAAAUGAAGUAAAUAGUUCAGUACUUUAAUCUCGGGGCCUUGUCAAAUAUAAUGAAACACUCAGGAGUCUUCAGAGAAGCAAAAUACUGUACACAUGAUUACGGACAGUCUUACUGGAUUACAUGGAUCCUUUAUUCCUAUAUAAAUAUAUGUAUAUAUGCAUUGUAUCUAUAUGUGUUUCUAUAGCUAUAUAGGCUGCUUUUCAUCCUGCUAGGCCUUCAAUUCACCUGCAAUUAGAAGGUAAUUGUGUAAAAUAUAACAUAGUACCAUAAAUAAUAAUAUUAUGAAAAUACUAGUGUGUUGUGUUUCUGUAAUUUCUUUUUACAUUUUUUUUGAAGUUUUUGACACAGUGACAGAGCUUCCCAAAUUUUGUUGUCAUUUUUUUUUUUUUUAGUUGACAGUAACACUUUUAUUAGCUGUCAAAUGUAUACAACUGUGAAUGCAUCAUUUAUUUGAAAGUGUACAGAUUGCCCAAGAUGAGUUAAUGACAUGCUUUGAAGAUCUUUGUCUGUGGAUGAUCUGUAUAAUAACUUGAACAUGUAGAACAU